AUGGACUGGGUCUCGGCGGUGCUGGCCGCGCUCGUCUCGGCGGCCGUCGCCUUGAGCUACCUGUCGUGGAAGAGCCAUGCCUUCGUGCAGACCAUCGUCGCGCACCGUGCGCACAGCAGCAAGGCGACAGCCUCGCGGCCUGACGUGCUCCUCGUGAUUGCCCAUCCGGACGACGAAAGCAUGUUCUUCGUGCCGAUCCUGCUUAGCCUGCGCCCGCACGUCCACUGGCACCUGCUCUGUCUCUCCUCUGGCAACUACGAUGGUCUCGGCGCGACCCGCACCAAGGAACUCGCCGCUUGCUGGCAAGAGCUUGGCAUGGACAGGGCCGCGCUCACCGUUCUCGAAGAUGCUCGGUUCCAGGAUGGCAUGCAGUCGAUCUGGACGCCGGCGGACGUGGCCACGGCGACGCUCGAGUAUGUGGCCAAACACAACAUCGAUACGAUGGUGACCUUUGACGACUAUGGCGUGUCGGGCCAUCCGAACCACAUUUCCGUGCACCACGGUGUCAAGCACGCGCUGGCAACGUCGCCGCUGCCACUGCAUGCGUAUGCUCUCGACAGCGUCCGCAUCUGGCACAAGUACCUCGGGCCUCUGGACGCGAUCUGGACAUCGCCGUCGAGCACCGCGGUCGUCGCGGUCGCGCCGUGGGUCAACUAUGCGGCGAUGGCCGAGCACGCGAGCCAAUUCGUGUGGUUCCGUCGGCUCUUUGUGGUCUUUUCGCGCUAUACGUUUCUCAACACGUUCACGCCGCUGCACGCGCCGACCAAGAAGACGCUGUAA